AUGAAGUUUCACAACCCCAAUAUUCCUGCAUUAUGCUCCACAUUACUUCAUAUGAUUCUACUCUUUACUAUAACCCUUCUAUGCUUGAAACCUGCCACUUUUUCUGCCACUUCAACAAAUGAGACUGAUCAUUUGGCUUUGCUCAAAUUUAAAGAAUCCAUUGCUGAUGACCCUUAUGGAAUCUUGAGCUCAUGGAAUGAUUCUAUCCAGUUCUGUAACUGGUAUGGAGUUACAUGUGGCCGCCGCCAUCGAAGAGUUACAGCCUUGGAAUUAAAUGGCCAUAAAUUACGUGGAACUAUUACACCUUACAUUGGAAACCUUACCUUUCUUAGGGUCACUGACCUAGGAAAUAACAGUUUUUAUGGUGAAAUUCCAAAGGAAGUUGGUCAUUUGUUCCGACUGCAACAUCUCAAGAUUCAUGAUAAUACGUUGGGAGGAGAAAUUCCAGUCAGCUUGGCCAAUUGCACCGAACUCAGGGUGAUGAGCAUAGGGUGGAACAAACUUAUUGGGACAAUCCCCAUAGAGCUUGGCUCUUUGUCAAAGCUUCUUUAUUUAUGGAUUGCUGCAGUAAACCAACUUACUGGAACUCUUCCAACAAACAUUGGCCUCACUCUCCCUAAUCUCAAAUUAUUUGAACUUGGUGGUAAUGAAUUCUUUGGGCCAAUUCCUAGUUCAUUAUGCAAUGCAUCUAAGCUUCAAAUGAUUGACCUACCUAGUAAUAGCUUUGUGGGACCAGUUCCGAAAAAAUAUAAAAAGAAACCAUCUUCUAUAGCCUCAAAGAUGGAUCUCCUUCCAACAAUUUCAUAUAAAAUGCUUCAUCUAGCAACUAAUGGAUUUUCUCUUAACAAUUUGAUUGGAUCUGGUAGUUUUGGAUCAGUUUACAAAGGAAUUCUUAAUCAAGAAGAAAUGUUAGUUGCUGUAAAGGUCCUAAAUCUUCAAAAAAAAGGAGCCACCAAGAGUUUUGUGGCGGAAUGCAAUGUGUUAAGAAAUGUUCGACACCGAAAUCUUGUGAAAAUCUUCACAUGUUGCUCUAGCAUCAAUUAUAAGGGUGAUGAAUUCAAAGCUCUAGUAUUUGAAUUCAUGACAAAUGGGAGCUUAGAUAUGUGGCUACAUCCAAUGAUAGAUUGUGAAAAUCAAUCAAAAAAUUUGAGUAUUCUUCAAAGAAUAAUUAUUGCAAUUGAUGUAGCUUCUGCAUUAAAUUAUCUGCACAAUCAUUGUCAGCAACAAAUCAUUCAUUGUGAUUUAAAGCCAAGCAAUAUUCUUCUCGAUAGUGAGAUGAUUGCUCAUGUAAGUGAUUUUGGUUUAGCAAGACUCCUUGCAACUACCAGUGAUUCCUCCCAGAAGCAUACUAGCACAAUCGGGUUAAAGGGAUCUAUUGGCUAUGCUGCUCCAGAGUAUGGCAUGGGGGCUCAUGCAUCAAUUGAGGGGGAUGUAUAUAGCUAUGGAGUCCUUGUGUUGGAAAUGUUUACAGGAAAGAUGCCCACCGAUGAUAUGUUUAAAGAUGGUCUCAAUCUCCAUAAUUUUGUUAAGAUAGCAUUACCAAAAAGACUUGCUCAGGUUGUCAACCCAAUGCUUUUGCCCAGAGAAGAAAAUGGCAAUGAAAUUGAAGUAGAAGAAGAUAAUAACAUCGAGGACUCUAGGCAUAUUGAUGCUAACCUGCAAAAGUGUUUACUAUCAAUCCUUAACAUUGGAAUCUUAUGUUCCUUGGAGUCCCCAAAAGAGAGAAUGAGUAUGGAGGAAGUCAUUAAGGAACUUCAAUUGAUAAAAAAUACUUUUGUUGGUUUGGGGAUUCACAGAGGCAGACCAAGUAGAGCCCAAGUUAAUUAG